AUGGGGGCGCUGUGUGAUCUGUUGCAGCUGCGUUUCAUCACCGAGCUCCGCGUCGCUCCGGUGGCCCGGCGGAUCAAAGAGCUUCCCCACGAACCCAGUCAAUCACGGGCUCGGCCUGUCGCCGCCUCGCACGCGGCAGUCGCUCGCCAGAGGGGAACGCCGACGUUCGGCGGGGCGGACGGCCCCGGCUCCAUCGGCUCCAUUGUGUCCUUCGCACGCGGCUCGCUGCUCGCUGCGCGGCAGCGCCCCCCGGGGGCGGGCCCGGAGUUGGACAGCCCAGGGAAACCCAAGAAGAAGAAGCAGGAUGCAGUCCUGUCCCUCACCAACAGCUCUGAAGCCAAACCCAAAAAGAGCAAGACCAAGAAGAGCCCGGAGCCUCCGGGAGAGGAUGACAGCGCUCCCACGCAGAACGGAAAGACGGUGAAGAAAAAGAAAGCGGAAAAAGAGAAGGAGGAAGCGGGGACGAAGGCCGAGCCGAAGAAGAAGACCAAGAGUGCUCAGAAGAAGAAGAAGAAGGACUCAGACGAUGAGGAUGACAACGACGACGAAGAGGACGGAACUCCCCAGAAGAAGACGAAGAAGAAGACCUCGAAGGAGAGCGCCACGACAGAGACCAAGGACAAGAAGUCCAAACCCAAAGAGGACAAAAGUGAAUCAACAAACGGGAAAGGAAAACCACCCAAACCCAAGAAGAAGGAGGCAGCCUCCAUGUUCAUGAUAAACGGAGACAAGGCAGAGAAAAGCAAGAAGAAAGCGUCGAAAUCCGGCAGCGAGGACAGCGAACCGGAGACCAAGUCCGGCAAGACCAAGAAGAAGAGCGCCGCAGACCCGGCCUCUAUGUUCCAGGCCUCGUCCGACAAGGACAAGGAGAAAGACAAGGACAAGGACAAGGACAAGGACAAAGACAAGGACAAGGACAAGGAGAAAGCGAAGGCCGAAGAGAGUGAUGAUGAUGAUGACUCGGAGGUGAAGAAGAAGAAAGGGAAAGGGAAGAAAGGAAAAAAGGAGGAGAGGCCCCCCUCGCCGUUGAUCGAGUUUAACAGCCUGGAGGAGUUCGUGCUGCAGCCGGCUCAACAGGGCGUCACCGUCAAGUGCAAGGUGACCAGGGACAAGCGGGGCAUGGACCGCGGCCUGUACCCCACGUACUUCCUCCACCUGGACAACGAGAAGAAGGUCUUUCUAUUGGCGGGGAGAAAGCGGAAGAAGAGCACAACCUCUAACUACCUGAUCUCCAUAGACCCCACGGACAUGUCUCGGGGAGGAGAGAACUUCAUAGGAAAAUUAAGAUCGAAUCUGAUGGGGACCAAGUUCACCGUGUUCGAUAACGCGCUAAGCCCCGACAGGGCUCUCCCCGACAUGUCCAACGCCCGCCAGGAGCUAGCAGCCAUCAUCUACGAGACCAACGUCCUCGGAAUGAAGGGUCCGAGGCGGAUGACCGUGCUCAUCCCGGGGAUGAACGAGGACAGCGAACGGGUGCCGGUCCGACCGCGACACGACAACGACGGGCUGCUGAUCCGGUACCAGAACCGGAAGGUGGAGAACCUGAUCGAGCUGCACAACAAGACGCCCGUCUGGAACGAGGAGACGGCCUCCCACGUCCUCAACUUCGCCGGGCGUGUCACCCAGGCCUCCAUCAAGAACUUCCAGAUCGUCCACAGCAAGGACGAGGAAUACAUCGUGAUGCAGUUCGGGCGUGUGGCGGACGACGCCUUCACGCUGGACUACAGCUACCCGCUCUGUGCGGUGCAGGCCUUCGCCAUCGCCUUGUCCAGCUUCGACGGCAAACUAGCCUGCGAAUGACGGACGCGAGGGCACCUUCGCGACACGCGGCCGGCGCACAGACAGGAUUCAUAAAGCUCCCGGUGUUCUUUCCUCCAUCAGUUACAGAGAAAAGCUGCAGCAAGUGAGGCGAAGACUGCUCCACUACUACGACCAGCCUGGUGGCUACACUAAAGACUGUCGCCCCCACCUUUUUACUGUUUCCGA